UUCAUUGUCACAUAGUCCAGUCAUGGCUACUCAUACUAACGAAGAACCGUUCCCUUUACACGGACUGCUUCCUAAAAAAGAGACCGGUGCCACAUCUUUUCUGACUAGGUUUCCCGAGUACGAUGGACGGGGCGUCCUUAUCGCUAUACUCGACACCGGGGUGGACCCGGGGGCCCCGGGCAUGCAGGUCACAACAGAGGGGAAACCCAAAAUUGUUGAUAUUAUUGACACAACUGGCAGUGGAGAUGUGAACAUGUCCACUGUGGUAGAGCCUAAGGAUGGCACUGUGACAGGGCUCUCCGGCCGGACGCUUAAGAUUCCAGCUACUUGGGUGAAUCCAUCUGGAAAGUAUCACAUUGGAGUGAAGAACGGUUAUGAGUUUUUCCCUAAAGCUCUCAAAGAGAGAAUACAGAAAGAGAGGAAGGAGAAACUGUGGGACCCAGCACACAGGGCAGCCCUGGCCGAAGCCAGUCGCAGAGCAGAGGAGUUUGACCAGGCUCAUCCCAACCCCUCACAGAUGGAGAAACUCCAUAAAGAGGAGCUACAGUGUCAAUCAGAGCUGCUUGGGACUCUGGAGAAGAAGUACGGUGACCCGGGACCGGUUUACGACUGUGUUCUGUGGCAUGACGGUGUCACCUGGAGAGCUGUAGUAGACACCUCAGAGAAUGGAGACUUGGCCUCCUGCACAGUGUUGAGCUCAUACAGGGAGAGACAAGAAUACGCCACCCUGGGAGACGCUGAGAUGCUCAACUACUCCAUCAACAUCUACGACGAAGGCAACACCCUCUGUAUCGUCACCAGCGGAGGCGCCCAUGGAACUCACGUAGCCAGCAUUGCGGCCGGACACUUCCCCGACGAGCCAGAGCGGAACGGCGUGGCCCCGGGCGCGCAGAUACUCGCACUGAAGAUCGGAGAUACCCGUCUCAGCACCAUGGAAACCGGCACGGGUCUGAUUCGAGCGAUGAUAGAAGUAAUCAAUUACAAGUGUGACCUUGUGAAUUAUAGCUAUGGAGAGGCUACUCAUUGGCCAAACUCAGGGAGGAUUUGUGAGGUGAUAACUGAAGCUGUGCAGAAACACAAUGUUCUGUUUGUGUCGAGUGCUGGAAAUAACGGACCAUGCCUAUCCACUGUAGGCUGUCCUGGUGGAACCACUAGCAGCGUGAUUGGUGUGGGGGCUUAUGUCACCCCAGACAUGAUGGUGGCGGAGUAUUCCCUGAGGGAGAAACUGCCCCCUAAUCAGUACACCUGGUCCUCCCGCGGGCCCAGCACAGACGGAGCACUGGGAGUCAGUAUCAGUGCCCCCGGCGGUGCCAUCGCCUCGGUGCCCAACUGGACGCUCCGCGGUACCCAGUUAAUGAACGGCACGUCCAUGUCAUCGCCAAACGCCUGCGGAGGCAUCGCCCUGGUCCUCUCAGGUCUGAAGCAGAACGGAGUGCGACCCACUGUCCCAGCGGUGCGGCGGGCUCUGGAGAACACAGCCUUGAAAGUGGAUGAUAUUGAGGUGUUUGCACAGGGGCAUGGCAUCAUUCAGGUGGAGAAGGCCUUUGACUACCUCAUGCAGCAUGCCUCUUUGCCCACUGGUACCCUAGGCUUCACGGUUACUGUGGGACCACAACGGGGCAUCUACCUCAGGGACCCUACUCACGUUUUGACCCCCUCAGAUCAUGUUGUGGGUGUGGAGCCCAUCUUCCCUGAGAACACAGAGAACUCAGUGCGCAUCUCCCUCCAGCUGCACCUGGCGCUGACUUGCAGUGCCUCCUGGGUACACUGCCCCUCCCACCUGGAGCUCAUGAAUCAGUGUCGCCACGUCAACGUCCGCGUGGACCCCCAGGGUCUGAAAGAGGGGCUACACUACACCGAGUUGUGUGGCUACGAUACGUCAGCGCCCAACGCUGGGCCUCUCUUCAGAGUACCAAUAACAGUUAUAAUCCCUUCAAAAGUUACUGAUACCCGCAACAAGGAGAUCUCCUUCACAGACGUUCACUUUAGACCAGGUCAAAUACGCCGCCACUUUAUCACAGUUCCUCAAGGAGCUUCCUGGGCGGAAAUCACACUAACUUCCCACUCGGGAGACGUGUCAUCCAAGUUUGUUCUUCACGCGGUACACCUGGUGAAGCAACGGGCAUACAGAGCUAAUGAGUUCUACAAAUUCUCCUCUCUGCUGGAGAAGGGUUCACUCACAGAGGCCUUUCCUGUGCUGCCUGGGCGGACGGUGGAGCUGUGCGUGGCGCGCUGGUGGGCCAGUCUGGGCGACGUGACCAUCGAUUACGCCAUUACCUUCCACGGGCUGACGACCUCACCUUCGCCGUUCCAUAUUCAUGCCUCAGAAGGCAUAUCCAGCUUUGAGGUGGCAUCUCCACUCAGAUAUGAAGAUGUUUCCCCCAGUAUCACCCUCAAGAACUGGGUUCAGCCCCUCAGGCCUCUAAGCGCUAAGACAAAAGCCCUCGGACACAGAGACGUUUUACCAAGCAAUCGACAGCUUUACGAGAUGGUCCUUACAUACAAUUUCCACCAGCCCAAAAGUGGAGAGGUGACUCCCAGUUGUCCUCUGUUGUGUGAGCUGUUGUAUGAGUCAGAGUUUGACAGUCAGCUUUGGCUCCUCUUCGACCAAAACAAGAGACUCAUGGGGUCAGGAGAUGCCUACCCUCACCAGUACUCGCUGAAGCUGGAGAAGGGUGACUACACGGUGCGGCUGCAGGUGCGUCAUGAGCAGCAGAGCGAGUUGGAGAAACUGAAGGACCUGCCCUUCAUCGUCUCCCAUCGUCUGUCCAACACCCUCAGCCUGGACGUGUACGAGACACACCGCAACGCCCUGCAGGCCAAGAAGAAGGUCAACUCCCUCACCCUCUCGCCCGGAGCCUCUCAGCCCUUCUAUGUCACAGCCCUCCCUGAUGACAAGAUCCCAAAAGGAGCAGGUCCUGGGUGCUACUUGACAGGUUCACUUGUCGUUCCCAAGAGCGAGUACGGCAAGAAAGCAGGCCAGGCCUCAGCAAAACGACAAGGAAAAUUUAAAAAGGAUGUCGUUCCAGUGGUCUACCAUCUGAUCCCUGCUCCCAACAAAAGCAAAAACGGAGGAAAGGAGAAGGAGAAAGACGCAGAAAAGGAGAAAGACGUGAAGGAGGAGUUCUCUGAAGCACUGAGAGACAUGAAGAUCCAGUGGAUGACUAAGUUGGACACAAACAGCUUGUACGAGGAGCUGAAGGAGAACUUUCCGUCUUACCUCCCUCUCCACGUCCAGAGGCUCCAUCAGCUGGAUUCAGAGAAGGAACGUCUGAAGCGCCUGGGAGACAUCGUGGCAGCAGCUGACGUCGUGAUCUCACACAUCGACCAGACGGCACUGGCGGUCUACCUCACCAUGAAGACUGAUCCCCGUCCAGACGCAGCCUCCAUUAAAAGUGACAUGGAGAAACAGAAGUCCUCCUUGCUGGAUGCUCUGUGUAGAAAAGGCUGUUCUCUGGCAGACCAGAUCAUGCAGCCUCAGGCCCAGGAGGGGGCGAGCGCCAGCGAGGUCGGCAGCUCUGACGACGACCCCCAGGGCGUGGCCCAAGCUCUCACUGACACCUUCUGGGAGGUGCAGAAAUGGGCGGAGCUAACAGACUCAAAGGUUUUAACAUUUUCCUACAAACAUGCAUUAGCAAAUAAAAUGUAUGGAAGAGCCUUGAAGUAUGCAUCUAAAAUCGUGGAAGACAAACCUAGCAAAGACAACUGGAAGAACUGCGUACAGUUGAUGAAGUCACUGGGUUGGACUCAUUGCGCCACUUAUACCGAGAACUGGAUGCCCAUCAUGUACCCAUCUGACUACACACCGUUCUGAACACAGAAUGCGUACUGUAUAGUUUUGUUUUUUGUUUUUUGUUUUUUUUUCCAACGCAGACACGAAUGCCAUUCAGAUACCGUUAAAGGACAGGGCAGACACCUGCUCUCAAUGCAGUAAGAUGUUUAAUAAUCAAAACAAGACUAAACUUGCCUUUUGAAACACAGUUUUCCUCUAUUAGGAUCACAUGCCUUCUCUAUGCGCAAUUUCGCAAAGCCACCAGGAAAAAAAAAAAAAAGACUACAACAUCAGCAGCAGUAUGUCAGAAGAAAUUUUCAUUUACAACACAACUGGUAUCAGUGACUUUCACCGGACCUUGAUGUGAUGACUGAAUACAUUUUUCAAAAACAUUACAAGUCUCAUUCAUUUCAGCAAUGAUGGACUCUGGUGCUCUGGCAUCAGUUUCCUUUCUUGACGGUUCCAGUGUUGAGUUGCGCCCACUUCCUGUCAUGUUUAAGUAUGCGUGCGCUUAAACUGUGAGGAUCAUGGUUAAAGCUCUGAGGACCUUGACCUAAACCACAUUUGAGUAAUUGCAGAUGGACCACAUUGAUACCCAGAUCAAAUUUCUGGCUCCCUCUAAUGGCUUGGAGUGCCAAUUGCAACUCUCCUCUGUUUUGUGUG